UCACUCCCCACGAGGAGGCAGAUUGUGGGGUGCAGGGCACCUUCAAAUAGGGAAAUCUACGCCCUGAUCUUAGGCAGCUAGAGGAGGGCAGACCGCUCGUUGGGCAUUUGCUGUUUGUCAGUUGACUUCAGCAGAGCACCCGACACUCUGUGAGCCGGCGCAGUCUGCUCCCCAACAGGGUCAGAGGUGGGGGCGCUUUUCCAUCAUCUGUUUAGCAGGGUUCUUUGCCAAAACGGGGCUCGACAGGCCAGGGAGGAAACCUGGUGGAGAAGCAGGCUCCAGGAGGGAGGCUGAGUGACAUGUGACCCCAGGGCCACCCUCAAGGUCUUCUCGUGGAACCUGCAGCACAGAAUGGGGCCCGAGGGGGCCCGAAGUGCAGGUCUAUUAUUUGUUCUUUUCCAGGUCAAAGAAAACAACACCUAUUUCUGUGUAUUUUCCAACUCUGUGCUGCACAGGGGGGCCACCCUGAUGGUGAACGUGACUUCUGCUGGGACUGCAUUCCAGGAUGCCCUGAACUUUACCAACCCAGGCAAGGAAGGUUCCAGUGCUGUGAACUUCUCCUGCUUCAUUUACGACGUCCGCUUCAUGAAUUGCAGCUGGACUCCGGGCCCGGCUGCCCCUGCCGACGUCCAGUACCACCUCUACGCAUGGGCCUCCACGGACGAGGAGGAGGCCGAAUGCCCCCACUACAUCACAGACUCCACGGGGACACGCGUGGGCUGCCAUUUCGAUAAACUCGGAAAGCCCAGAAGCACAGAUAAUUACUUCUUCUUGGUGAACGGAACCAGCAGAGAGACGGCAGUCCAGUUUUUGGACUUUACUCCGUUUGUAGCUUAUAGAAUCGAAAAGUAUAACCCACCAGAAAACAUCACAGUUUAUGACAAUGGAUCACAUCACAUUAUCCAGUGGGACAAUCCCAAGAUAAGAUUUGACAUUGACAUUGCAACUCAUAUGUUGUAUUACGAACUGGACAUUCAAAAAAAGGGCAGCAACUCUAAAAUAGAUCCUAUCUUCCAACGAGGGGAGGAUAAAAAUGUGUACCUGCUGCCCAGCUCUGCCAUGAGGGCUGAGAGUACCUUUCGAGCGAGAGUGAGGUACAUGCACAACAAGCUCUGGAGUGAGUGGAGCUCGCCCCUGUGUUUCGGCCACACAGAGCUGCGUUCCAGCAGGACCACCGUGGCCCUGGCCGGGCUGGUGGCGGGGGUGGUGCUGACUGUCACGGUCCUGAUGUUCCUCUGCAAAAGGUUCUCCCUGAAGCAAAGGCUGUUGCCCCCGAUCCCACAGGUGCACAGGGAAGUCACGGGCAGCCUCGCGCCCCACCUGGAGGUGUCCUGGGACGGGGGCAGCCCGCCGCCAGGCUCACACAAACCCGAAGACAUCCUCCUGGUGGAGGAGACGCAGUGACUGGUGAGGGGCAUGCAGGGAUUAUGGGUUCAGCAUCCCCCCAGUUCCGGGCAUAUCACUUCUGUGCCCCUUUCACCCCACCUGCAAAUGGUUUCUGAUGUAACUUGCCCCCCGACCACCAAAUCCCAGCCCCACAGCCUUUACUGACUUUCCACUUCCACGCCGGGCAGCUGCGUGCCCCACCUAUGGGAGGCCACCCCGACUGCUUCUCAGGAGCCCAGCAGAGGGGGCAGGACCAUGACAGAGCCCCACACGCUCACCAUGCUGGCUGCGUGCCGCCGUGACGAGGAAGCCGCUGGAAGCAGACAAGAGCGUCCAGGGAGAGAAUCGAUGUCUCCAUAAGGGCAGAGAUUUGGAAAUGGGGACACUGCCGGCCACCUGUCGCCAGGAUACAGCUGGUGAAUGUGAUGAAACGUGCGGACGAUCGGGUUCUUAAAAAGCCCCUCUUUGGUGCAUAGGCAUAUGUGAGCCAUUCUGGAAGGGUGCCACCCAGCCGUGAGCAGGUGCAGGGCCAAUGAUGUGGGAGGAGACAGAGAAUCAUGGUUCCUGACGGGUCUGCCUCCACGUCAGGCUGUCCACCCCUCUUUGGCUGGCUCAAUCCAUUCUGUAGCUGCUUUUAAAGGCAGUGUGCCCCAGGGCAGGUGGGCUCCCCCGUGGUGUUGGUGUAAAUCAAGGUGCCACCCUCCCCUCCACACCGUCCACUUACCUAAAUGGCCAGGCACCCCACCGGCCACGGGAAGCAUGAGAUAAAUCAAAGCUUUUGGACACGGGAGAAAGUUCGUCAUACACCCCAGUUAUGGAGACACAGCUGUACCCCAGGCCCGAUGUCAAAUACGGCUGCCAUCCACCCGCUUCUCAGGUUGAUCUAUCAGAUACGACCAGCACACAGCCAAGGUGUAGACACACUGCCAUGCACGGAGUCCCAUGUAUUGUCCUAAAAUGAAAACCCAGCUACAUGUGUGUGCACGGACUUGUUUCAGAAGGACAGUGCAGGCUGCAUCAGAAUGGUGGCAGGUCACCAACAUGGGUGUGUGCUCAUCAGGAAAGAAUUCACGAUGUGUUUUGAGUAGGGUGGGACGUCGUGGUGCAGCACAUAGGGGGAGUUCCAUGCAGGGGAAAUGGCACACCCGUGCCCACAUGCAUCUGCUCAUCGGUGCCUGGGAAUUCACACCAGAAUGUACGCGGUGUUGCCCUUCAGACUUGAGGCU